AUGCAACAUCAUAUACUGAUUUCUCCAUCCAGAGUGGCUGUUUAAUAAAAAACCCAACUCUCCAAGAACACUUUGAUCUCCCCUCAACGAUUUCCCAAUAGAAAAAUAUCCCAAGGAGUCAUUGAAGAUUUUGUUGUUAAACCAAAUUAUAUUACCAAAACAAAUAAUGGUAGCUUGACUGAAAGAGUAAAUAGUUUACAGAAAUCAUAAAAAUCAGUUUCCAAAGACAAAAUAAGACCAAUAAGCAAAUAAUUGCGAAUCCCGACUGAAAAUUUCUUCCACAUAACAAAAGGUGUUAAUUUACUCUUAACACAGAAAAACUCCAAUCCUUAAUAAUGCAAUAGUCAACAACUUAAACCAAUUCAAGGCUCAAUGACAAGGAGAAAUAGCAUGGAAGAACUAAUUGGGACUACUAUGUACACUGGAAUUGGUAAAUCGCAAUCCCAAGACAAAAUUUAGAAGCAGGAAAUAUCCAUAUAUGUUCACUAUUCAUAAGAUGAAGUUUAGAAUUAUCGGUUCGCUCCCAAUAUCACUACUGACAAAAUAACUAGUCUCUUGAAGUAAAAACAAUAGAAUAACAAUUCAAUAAUUGGGUUCUCAACGGUUGAUGAAAAUUAUACUAUUGAUUACUAUCUAUAACAACCAAAUUUACCUAUGGAUUCUUUUGUCAAUAAAACCAUUAGAUUGAAACCUAUUUACAGUCAAGGCGCUAAAAGAAUUAAUCUAAGCAGUUUUCAAUUCAUUUCUAUUAUUGGUAAGGGUGGAUUCUCAACUGUCAUCUUAGCCAGAUCACUGAUAGAUGGCAAAUUCGUUGCUCUCAAAUUGAUUAACAAAUAAUUCAUUCUAUAGCAUUAAAAGUAAGAUCUAAUAUUGAAUGAGAGAGACAUUCUCAUUCAAAUUACUUAUAGUGGCUCCAUUUUUACUAAUCAAAUCGAAUGUGCUUUCGAAACCAAAAAUUGGAUUGUUUUUGGAAUCGAAUACUGUCCUGGAGGAGAAAUGUUCAAUUACAUCAAAAAACUAUAAAGACUCUCAGAAUAACAAGCCAAAUUUUAUAUCAUUGAAGUUAUCUUAGCCAUAGGAUUCCUACACAAUGAAUAAAUUAUUUAUAGAGACAUUAAACCAGAAAACAUUCUAAUUGAUUCUAGUGGUCACAUACAAUUGGCUGAUUUUGGUUUGGCUAGACCCAAUAUGACCAAAGAAACUUGUGCCUAUUCAUUCUGUGGUUCACCGGAAUACAUGGCUCCUGAAAUGUUUUAAACAACAGGCCACACCUAAUUAGUUGAUUAUUAUUGCUUAGGAUGUCUAUUGUAUGAAUUCGUAACUGGAUUACCUCCCUUCUAUGCUGAAGACAAAAAUAUCAUUUAUGCCAGAUUGCUUAAGGAAUAGGUUGAAUUUCCAGAGUAUCUAAGUACAGAUAUUAAAGAUUUAAUAAGAUAAUUGAUGAUCAAAGACCCUCAUAAGAGAUUAGGUUCUCGCUUUGGAAUCGAUGAAAUCUUUUCACACAGAUGGUUUAGAGAUGUAGAUUUGGUCUCCUUUAUCAAUAAAUAAGUUAAACCUCCAUACAUACCAGAUCUACAAAAAUUGAAUAUCAGACAAAUGAGUCAAAAUGAUAAAUACUUUUUUGAAUAACUUCAAAGAGAACAGAAGUAAAACAUUGCCUUUCAACCAAUGUUCUCUUCUCAGUUUUAUUUUACUAAAGAUCUAGAAAAACAAAAUAAUAAUGUUAUUUUAAACAGAGCAACAAUAGAUAAAUUGGUAAAGAAGACUUUAAAAAAAACUCCAAAGUAAGGUCUAACUAACCUUUAGUUAUAAACAAACUUUGAAAAUCUCCUUAAGCAAACAUUCACCAACAUUAAGUCAAAACCUGAUUCAAGAAAUAAGUAAUAACUUCAAUUUUGA